CGGGACAGCACCGGGGCGCGCGCCUUGCCGCUCGCCGCCCUCUCCCGAAAUUACGCGAUCGUUCCCGUCGAGAAAACAUUAAUACCCUCCUUAACCCAUAUCACUCGUAUACACUAGUGACUUGUAUAUUUAAUUAAUUUACCAAUGUAAACCUGAUGAAUGCCCUAGGUUCGAGUGUAUAACGACGGUGCACGGCGCGAAGCAGUGAUGACUCGGAACACCACUGGUGGGCCUAUGGGCCUUCUGGACCGGCUAACCAGUACGACUCCUGCCAGCACCACACCCUCAGGGGUCGCUGCCAAGCCCAGCGCCAACGGCAAGCGGCCCACACCCAUCAUUAUAUAUCCUACUGUAACACCUGAAUCGAUAGUAGUGCCGAUAGUCUCUUGUAUAUUUGGAUUUCCGCUGUUGGCUUUGACUGUCAUAUGCUGUCUCAGAAGGAGAGCAAAAUUAGCGAGGGAAAGAGCUCGCCGACGCAACUGCGAGCUGGACCGAGGUGAGCUGUCAGUGGUCCGCCUGUCUCCUGUGAAGAAGCAGCGCGCUGUCAGCCUAGCGAGGUCGCCACGAGCGCUGCCCACCUUGGAGCUGGACACCGUGCUCGAAGAACGCUCCGACCCUGAGCAGACUACUGUCUCGCAAGUGGAGAUAACGCCAGACAGGGAAGUGGGUGCGAUCCUGUUCGGGGCGGCGGGAGCGAUGGGCACGGCGGCGGCGGUGGGCUGCGUGCGGGACAGCUAGCGGCGCGGGUCGGCGGCCCUGGGCGCGCGCUCGCCCCUCUGGGCCGCGCUCACCAGCCAGCCGCUGGACGAGGACGAAGCAGACAACGAGGACGACGCCGCCGCCGACGACAGCUAGCAUCUCGACGAGCGCUCGUUGACCGACAUCGGCGAGCGCAUGAAACUCUUCCUCGACAUACCGCUCAGGUUUUAAGUGCAGUGCUGUGCGAAACAAUCUACAGUGCCGAAUGAAUAUUCAUGAUAAUGCUAAGUAGAAUGAGAGGAACGAGCAGAAUGAGUAAAUGUUACUGGUGUUAAUUAAACUAAGCGAACUUGGCUGACACACAGCUGUGUCUAAGAUACAUCGUUUUCACUCUGUGAUCUACCUAAACGACGAUUUUCUGCAGAAUCUCUUCAUCGGAUAUUGUUAGAAAUGAAAAUAUAACCUUUUGCAGGAAACGCUGUAAAAUCCACUCGAGCUAUUUGGAUUUGAUCCAAUCAAACAUGUUGAAGACAAAAGGCCGACGCUGCACGUUCCGAAAUUGGACCGAAUUUCAUACAGAGCGACAUUGUUGGUUUACACAAGCUUUCGAGUGACAUGGGCGUAGAUUGCCAGGGAUGCAUUUGCUGAAUUAUGUAAAAAUAGGGGCGUGCCUUCAUUGGUCCUGAUUUUAGCAGACUUCUCAUAAUUUUAUUUAUAAAGUUAUACAAGCCUGUCAUUUUUUUAUCCACUGGAAAGGAAAGGGAAGAAUGAUUGACAGCUGUUAAUUUUAAAAUGAAUGACUGAAUAUAACAUACAACCCGUUUGAAUUGUGCUGUCAACGUAAUUCUGUCAGAUUAUACGCCAUCAUUCCUAAACGUAUUUUAUUUAAAGAUUUCUGUCUAAAGAUCUUUACUUACCUAUCGGUUACUCGUCACUUUCCUUUUCGACGAAUAAGAACAUGACAGGUAUAAGUUCAAAUAAAAUAAGGGAGCGUCUGCUGUAAUUAGUAUCAUUGUCGAUUUUAAUUUUAUCCACGGACUCUCGACUCGACGUGUGAUAACUAAUGUGAAUAGAUUAGAUAAAUGUAGUCUUUCGAAAGCCAUUUACACGCCUAUUAGACAAAAAGCUUUAAACUUUAUAAUUGUUUUGUAAAGAUUCUGUUACUGAUCUCUAUCAGGUUUGUACAGUUUAAAAAAUUAUGAAAAAUUUUACAACGCGUAAUUAUAAUUAUGCAGUGAGUUAAGAAUUGGCACAGUUAGACGUAGCGAUCGUUUGUCGAAUGUAUUUAUGAAAAUCAAGAGUUUAUAAAUAGUUAGUAAAGAAAUAGGUGGGUAAUAGGUAAAUAAUAAGUGACCAAAAACCGAAGACCCCUGGACAAAAUUAUAACACCUUUGUAAAUACCAUAAUGUACCUAUUGUCUGUCCAUAGAUAGAAUUCAGUAGUAUCACAGCUUAAAUUAAUGUAUGGGCAUUCCUUUCCAAAUACUUCAGCAGCUAAACUAAUCAUUGUAAUUGUAAUAGUGAACUUGUCUAUUAUAAAUAUGUAUUGUACCUAUUAUUAAACAUCAAAACCGUAAUUAUGUACUUACAUCAUAAUGUAAAGCAAUUAAUUCAUAUUAAUGAUGUUUGUAUUAUUUCGCUUCAAACUCACGAAACCUAAUUCAUGAAACACCUGUGGUAAUAACAUUGUGUUUACCUUCUAUAAUUAUUACCUAAUGAUAUUUGUUCAAUUUGAAGAUUAAUUUUGAUAUUGUACACAAACCAUUACAGUCUCUCGUAUAGGCAUCGAUUUUCGAUUUGUUUCGAAAGGCUAUUUAGUUGGAUGCCAAGCUCUUAAAAACAAAUUUAUCAUCCCAUGUCUGAACUGACUAUGUUAGUACGUCUUCCCAGGGGAAGAUUUUACUAACACAGAAAAAUGGUGCCGUCGAAACAAUAGAAAACAUUAUCAAGUACCUAAUAUUACAUUUAUUUUAUGCUGACAUGGUCCUCUCUUAUGAUCCCAGCAAUAUUCACGCACCUGGUAAUCUAAUCUACUUAAUCCUCCUGAUGCUUACACAUAUACAUUAUAAAUCAAUGUAUUAUACAAACACAACAAUUGGUCUAGAAUUAAAACAGAUCAGAUGGCCCUGAAAGAUCGCAUUUAAAAUCGUGCGUGAGGUUUCCCUCACAAUUCAAAAUUUAAGUGUAUUAAUGUGUCUGUAUAUACAUUGUGCGUUUGACAUAAAUAAAACAGGUACACAAAAUUGAA